ACCACUCUCACAGCGAACUCUUCCAGGAGGUAACUGCAGCUCAGCUCUGUCCCGUGGAGAAGCAGCUUUCACUAACCCACUGUGCUGUGGUGUCUGGGCAGGUUCUGGAGCGGACGUGAGUAGAAUCUCAUUUAUUGAUGAUGAAGCAUCUUCCCAUUUCCAAGUGGCUGGCUCAGUUGGGGCUCUCUGAAUACUUCGGACUCUUUGAUGAAGAAUACGAUGGUGUGGAGGACCUGCUGCAUUUGACAGAGGCUGACCUGAGGCAACUAGGAAUUCAGAAUCAGACACACAGGACUCAUAUUGUCUCUAGCAUCAUCCUUCUUCAGGAGAGGGAGAGACGGAGAGAGCUGAAGAUGAUGGCUGCAGGAAACUAUGCAAGUUUACCUCGUAAGAUCCAAACCAGCCGUAAGAGCUCGCUCCAGUCAUCGAUGGACAUGCUCAAUAUCAAAGGCAGUCUCACUGGUCAGCUUUCUGGCUCACUCCAGGGUAUUUCCAUUCAUGGCACACUGCCGAGAAAAAAAAAUGGGACGGUGUCUGUGAUACCCGAUGGCACGUACAGUCCCAUAGGAAACCAGCCACAGCCUUUGCCAACUCAAUUGCACAAAACAUCAUUGUUUUAUGAGAUAAUUGAAGAGCACCCAUUACAAGAGGUCACAGAAUUCCAUUCCGGGAACCCGGACAUAAUGGACUUUGCCCUUGAAUAUGUCAAGUUCUCUAAAGACAGGUACAUAAUGGACUCAACACCUGAGAAACUGAAAAAGGAGCUGGAGGAAGAACUGAAGUUAAACAGUGAAGACCUACGAAGUCAUGCCUGGUACCACGGCCAAAUUCCCAGGAAGGUUGCAGAGUCCCUGAUUCAGAGGGAUGGAGACUUCCUCAUCCGUGAAUCUCUCUCCAGCCCUGGCAACCAGGUGUUGACCUGUCAGUGGAAGGAUACCCCUCACCAUUUCAAGAUCAACAGAGUGGUUGUCAGGCUGAACGAAGGCUACAGCCGCCUGCAGUACCAGUUUGAGCGGGACAGCUUUGACAGCAUCCCCGCUCUGGUCAGGUGCUAUGUGGGGAACCGCAAACCCAUCUUCGAGCAGGUCGGGGCCAUCAUUUUCCAGCCCAUAAAUCGGACUCUGCCGUUGAGGUGUGUGGAGGAGAAAUACGGGCCAGCUGCUCCCGUCAGGCAACAGGUCUACAGCACAACGGACGGAAAACUGGACGCAGAAAAACGUCUGAGCUUGAACGUAUCAAACAGGCCUGGUCAAGAGCGGAUUCUGCCAGCAGGAAACCUUUUGAGGAAUAAAGACAAGAGUGGGAGCCAGCCUGCAAGUCUUGACUAUGUCCAGGAUAGACGCCUACCCUUGAAAUCUCAUCAAUCGGAAAGUUACCUUCCUUUGGGAAUGAAAGCUCCGCUCCAACAACAGCAACAACAGCUACCACACCAACCUCAGCAACAGCAGCAUAAAGGAAUGGAAGAAACUGCAUGUAUCAAGCCCCAAGUGUUUCGAACAGGCAGUGAGCCUGCUCUCAGCCCAACAUUCGCUCGAAGCCCCACUUUGGAAUUUCAAGCGGGGGAGGCACUGAGAGGGUCUGAUAGUCAACUCUACCCCAAACCACCUCCAAAGCCCAGCAAGGUACCCUCACUGAGAAUGCCGCAUGUCCCUUCAUUAAUGAACAACAGUGACAGAGGCAAGUAUGGUAAGAUGAGUGCUGGUAGCCCAGAAAGGGGCAAUCAUUAUACUGAACUAAAAGAUGCUGCCUCAGUGGAGCAAACAGGGACAGACCCAUACUUAUUCCAGCCUGACAGCUUUGUAGAAAGACUAAACACUGAGGAAGCAGCAAAGAUCUCCUUCCAAAGAGCCAACUCUGUCCUCAGCAUUUCAGACGAGAGCCCGUUCCAGUUCACAGUCUCUUCUGUUGAAGAUGAGGAAAAGGCCAGUGAUCCAGUCUUCAUUGCACCCUCCCUUGAGAACAUCUCUUGCUUUAAACCCAAUGACUUCAAAUCCAAACUGCUUCACCCUGACAACAAGCCCUUAGAAACGUGGGUGAUCAGACGUGUUAAAGAACUGUUUGCCAAUAAUGACCCUUCAACUAUUGCCAAGCACAUCCUUAAAGUGGACUGCCAGGUUGCUAGGAUAUUUGACGUUUCUGAAGAAGUAAAGCAGCAGAUGGGAGUGAGCUCAGGUCUGGAGCUUAUUACAUUGCCUCAUGGGCACCAACUGCGUCUAGAUUUAACAGAAAGGUAUAAUACUCUAGCUAUUGGGAUAGCUGUGGAUGUCUUGGGUUGUACAGGGAGUGUUCAAGAGAGAGCUGCUGUAUUAAGUAAGAUCAUCGAAGUGGCCCUGGAGCUGAAAUAUUCCAUGGGAGAUCUGUACGGCUUCUCUGCUGUUAUGAAAGCACUGGACAUGCCUCAGAUUACAAGGUUGGAGGAAACUUGGACUGCACUGCGACGUACACACACGAGAAGUGCCAUUGUUUAUGAGAAGACACUUAAACCAUGCAUCAAAGCUUUAAAUGAGGGAAGAGAGGAGAUCCCACUCAGUAAGACAACAGUUCCAUACAUUAUGCCUCUCAUUACUCUGAUGGAACGGGAGUUUGUCACCUUUGAGGCCACUGAGUUAUGGGAAAGCAUUGAUGAGGGCUGUGAAAUAAUGCUCAAACACCUGGAAAUGGCACGCAUCUUCACAUACAAUGCUGCAGUAUAUGAAGCUAAUGCAAAACGGAUUCUUGCAGGUUUCGAGUCAGAUGAAGAACUUCUUGAGACAUUUCAGACAGAGUUUGCAAUGAGGCUGCUGUGGGGAAGCAAAGGAGCACAGGUUAACCAAAGUGAACGCUAUGAAAAGUUCAUGAUGAUUUUGAUAGCUUUGUCACGGAAACUUGAACCGCCAUCACCACUUCGACAUGCACAGCACUAAAGAUCCCUGGAAAAACAACCUAGAAGAUUGUCUGUUGUCGAAGCACACUUCGUAAUAUAUUCAACCAUAAUCAAGAAACAGUCUGUUUUAGCCACUCACUGCCUAGGACUGGAUUUCAGUAGCUUCUGCUUGCAAAAGUUUAACAUUCCAAAUAAAUUCUUAGAAGUAACUAAUGGCAGGAUAAAAUUUGGAAGCACUCCACAGAAUGUUCCUGUUGACUCAUAUUAAUCCUUUGAAACAUGGUUGCGAUGGGUUUUAAUUUUCAUUAAAAGGUGUCGUGUAGCCAAAAUAAUAAGGAUACUUGGAGGAGAUUCUUUGAAAAGACUUUGUAGCUAUCCCCAAGUGAUAGUUCAGGCCCCAUGCCUGAACGUUGCAAGCAUGCAAUGGGUAAAUGGUCAAAUGAUGUUUCUUUAAAUGUUGGUUGUUGUAAAUAUCAAAUAAGAAGGUAAUUGCUUUUGCCAGAAGGUUUCAGUCAUUUAAUAUAUUUUCUUACUGUAAUAUCAACCAAGAAUGUGUAAAUAGAUUUAUGUAAAAACAAAGACAAUUACAAAUGAUAUUUUAUGCAGUACUACAGAAUUACAGUGCAGAAAGUGUAUUAAUGUAAUCUAGUAAAAGAAAAUGCACCAUUUCUUUACAAUGGCUGACUUGAAGUUUUUUUCUCGUGACUACUGGUUCUCACAUGGGCAGUGGAAACAAAGUGAAGGAGUGUUAGACGAUGAGUUAGUUGAACCAGAAUGUGUUGGUAAUUCUGCCCUUAUCUUAA